CCUCGCCGGUAGUCCGGGCACGCCGCCCGGCGCGCCGCCAGACGCUCUCGCCCUCGGCCCUGCCAGCGAGGACUCACUGGUCAGCACCAACUACGACACGGAGGUCACACGGCCCGACUUGCCUCCCACGAUAGCCCCAUACGACCUCGCCACACUCGAUGACAACUCGGACUCGGUGCGGCCGCAGAGCUCGCGCUCCGAUCAUGUCACCCCCAACUUGACCAACGAGGAGUCUAACAGUUUGAUGUCUCUGCCCGACUCCAAGCAAGAUGACUUGGAGGAGCCGCCCGCUAAGGUGCGCAAGCUCUCAUCGCCCAAACUAAACGACGACACUGACGGCGAGACGUGUCCCAUCUGCCUCGAUACGUGGGGCAACUCGGGCGAACACCGGCUGGUGGCGCUCAAGUGCGGUCAUCUGUUCGGGGCGCAGUGUGUCGAGCGCUGGCUGAAGGCCCAGCCCUCGCGAGAACGCACCUGCCCCACCUGCAAGAGCAAGGCCGCGCUCAAAGACAUACGCUUCAUCUACGCCAAGCGCCUCGUCGCCGCCGACUCCUCGCAGAUCACCGCCCUGCAGAAGCAGGUCGAUUCGCUGCAGACCGAGAAGAGCAGAGUCGAACUCGAGCUGCAGAACUGCAAAAUAGCGCAUCGCGCGUGCAUCAUGCAGCUGGAAGUGCUGCGGAGCUCGCUGAUGAAGCCCCAGGUGGCCAAGGAGCAGCCCGUGAGGAAGACGUGGCGCUUCGCGCUCGAGAAGAACCUGGAGAUAUCGAAGGACGGCGGCUGUCGGGUGAUGACGUACAACUGCCGCACAUACGAGCUGUACGUGUCGCAGAAGAGCGUCAACUACCUGUUCCCCGGGUACGGCAUCCGCAAGGUGAGCUGCGUGGACAACAAGGCGGGCCAGUUCGUGCACCUUCACCCGAAGCCCAUCCGCGACCUGACGUACUCGCAGCCGCGCGACCUGCUGCUGAGCGCGGGGCUGGACGGCGCGGCGCGCGUCGUGGAGCGCGGCGUGCCCGGCCUGGCCGUGCAUUGCGGUCUGCCACUCUGGUCCUGCUCCUGGGACCACCUGCGCACCAACGAGUUCUACGUGGGCGGCGUCGGCGGCGUCGUGCACCAGUACGACGUGCGCAACCCCGCCCACUACAUCCAGCGGCUGACGGCGCCCGGGGACAUGUCGCCCGUCGUCUCGCUGCGCUCCACCGAGUACGGGCUGCUCUCGUGCCAGCUCAACUCGUGCUGGCUGUGGGUGGCCAACAUGCGGCAGUGGGAGCCGCGCGCGCUGCCGCUGGAGGGGCCCUUCAUGUCGCUGAGCUACGACGAGGAGUCGCACCGCGCGCUGGUGUCGUGCCGGCCGGGGGGCACGGAGCGGGCGCGGCUGGCGCUGUGCCGGCUGCGGGCGAGCGCGCCGGGCGGGGAGGUGGCGCUGGAGCCGGAGCAGAGUUUCCCGGGGUCGGGGCGGGCGACGCUGAUGUCGCGCGCGGCGUGGGUGCGGGCGCCGGGCGCGCUGUGGGCGGCGGCGCACUCGGAGGGCGAGGCGGCGCUGCGGCUGCACGGGCUGGAGGGCGCGCGCUCCGUGUCGCUGCCGGCCGCGGAGCCCGCGCUGGACGUGUGCGCGCUGCAGCUCAACGGGGACACUGUGCUGGCCGCGCUCUCGGAGUGGCGCCUCAGACUGUACAAGGCCAUCACCACCACCACGUGAUACAAGCCCGACUUCUAGCCACUCACACCGACUGACAAGUGCUGACGUUGUGAAUGUUUGACAAAUUAUGUGACUACAGUGCAUGUGAAACAAUAGUUGUGUCUAUGGUUAUAAUGUUGAUAGUGUUACUAGUUGUGUUAUUGACAAAUAUUUGUAACGUUGGUGUGAUUUGAUUAAAGACUUGAAGAUAUUGGAUAUUUUAACCAGUGAUAAUUUUACCAAUGGACAAAAAAUUGAUAUUCAAAUGUGCCAUGGAUACAGUUAAUUUAAAUAAGACCUAAUAAAAAUAG